GACGCGUCAUUACGUCGCUGGGCCGCAUGACAUGUGUGUAGCUGAGAAACGUAAUUUGAUAGAAAAAAAGGACAUAGUUUUAGCUAGGUUAUUUUCAUAAAGUCCCUGUCACAGUAACAAAAUGCCCAGGAAAGCGAAAGAAGAAGCAGAGUGGGUGGACGAUGAUGUCGCCCCGCCGGCGGCUGAAAAAACUGUGAAGAAGGUGAAGAAGGAUAAAAAGGGGAAAAAGAGUUUCUUUGAGGAACUUGCCACAGAUAGCAAACCGGAAACUGUCCAAGAGGUGGCUGUGAAAGACACAAAAGGAAAACAGCCUCAGAAAAAGAAGAAAGACCGGCGGAAAAAAGAUGGAGAUGCAGAUGAGGACGGUGACGACGACGACGUCAUGCUGAAGCUGAAAAAGCUCUCAGUGCAAGCAAGUGAUGAGGAAGAGGAACCAGUCAUUGCCCCCAGUAAAGGAAACAAGAAGAAUAAGGGUGGAAACAUCUUUGCUGCUCUUAGCCAGGGCCAGAGUGAUGAGGAUGAGGAUGAGGAUGAAGAUGCUGAUGCAGACGAAGAAGAUAAACCAGGGAAAAAGUCACCAGAAGAUGAUGAUGAGAACAAGAAGCCAAAGAGGGGGAAGAAAGAGCAACACAAGAAAGAGAAAGGAAAGCCUGCGGAGCGAUCGCGCAGCCAGGAUGAAGACGAGGAGGAGGAGGACAGCGACGGAGGUGACAUGAUGAUGAGUGCUGAGGAUGUCAUCGCAGAACAGGCCAAGCAGCAGGGAGACGACCCAUAUGCUAACCUUAGCAAAAAGGAGAAGAAGAAGAAAAAGAAACAGAUGGAGUAUGAGCGUCAGGUGGCCAGUGUCCGUGCUCAGAACGCCUUGGAGGGAGAUUUCUCCAUUUCCCAGGCUGAGAUGUCGUCCAGACAGGCCAUGCUGGAGAAUGCUUCUGAUAUCAAGCUGGAGAGGUUCAGCAUAUCUGCUCACGGCAAGGAGCUUUUCGUCAAUGCUGACCUUCUGAUCGUGGCAGGAAGAAGAUAUGGUUUGGUUGGACCAAAUGGCAAAGGAAAGACCACCCUACUGAAACACAUAGCCAACAGAGCUCUCAGUAUUCCCCCCAACAUUGACGUGCUGCUGUGCGAACAGGAGGUGGUAGCCGACGACACGCCGGCAGUGCAGGCGGUGCUGAAAGCAGACACCCGCCGCCUGAAGCUUCUGGAGGAGGAGAAGCAGCUGCAGGCUCGUCUGGAGAAGGGAGAGGACGCUGUGGCUGAGAGGCUAGAGAAGGUCUAUGAAGAGCUGAGGGCAAUUGGAGCUGCAGCAGCCGAGGCCAAAGCCAGAAGGAUUCUGGCUGGUCUGUCAUUUACCCCCGAGAUGCAGAACAGACCCACCAAGAGGUUCUCUGGAGGCUGGAGAAUGAGAGUCUCCCUUGCCAGAGCUCUGUUCAUGGAACCCACACUACUGAUGCUGGACGAACCCACAAACCACCUGGAUCUGAAUGCAGUCAUCUGGCUCAACAACUACCUUCAAGGCUGGAAGAAGACGCUCCUCAUAGUUUCCCAUGACCAGAGUUUCCUUGAUGAUGUGUGUACAGAUAUCAUCCACUUAGACAACCAGAAGCUCUACUAUUACAGGGGGAACUACUUGACCUUCAAGAAGAUGUAUGUGCAAAAGCAGAAGGAACUGCAGAAACAGUACGACAAGCAGGAGAAGAAACUCAAAGAGCUCAAGGCUGGUGGCAAGUCCACCAAACAGGCUGAGAAGCAGACAAAGGAGGCCCUGACCAGAAAGCAGCAGAAAGGCAAGAAGAAAGGAGGUCAGGAGGAGGAGAGCCAGGAGGCCACAGAGCUGCUGAAGAGGCCUAAAGAAUACACCGUCAAGUUUACCUUCCCCAACCCUCCUCCUCUCUCACCACCCAUACUGGGACUACACAGUGUUGACUUCGGCUACGACGGUCAGAAGCCUCUGUUCAAAAAUGUGGACUUUGGAAUUGACAUGGACUCCAGGAUUUGUAUAGUUGGCCCAAAUGGUGUUGGGAAGAGUACCCUGCUGCUGCUGCUCACUGGGAAAUUAAAUCCUACUAAAGGUGAGAUGAGGAAGAACCAUCGUCUGAAAGUGGGCUUCUUCAACCAGCAGUACGCUGAUCAGUUGAACAUGGAGGAGGCUGCGACAGAGUACCUGAUGAGGAACUUCAACCUUCCCUACCAGGACAGCAGGAAGUGCCUGGGACGUUUUGGCCUGGAGAGCCACGCCCACACCAUUCAGAUCUCCAAACUCUCUGGGGGUCAGAAGGCCAGAGUGGUGUUUGCUGAACUGGCCUGUCGUCAGCCGGAUGUGCUGAUCUUGGACGAACCCACCAACAAUUUGGACAUCGAGUCAAUCGAUGCCUUAUCAGAGGCCAUUAAUGAAUACAAAGGAGCUGUGAUCAUUGUGAGUCACGACGCCCGGCUCAUCACAGAAACUCAGUGUCAGCUGUGGGUGGUGGAGGACUGCACGGUCAACCAGAUCGACGGAGACUUUGACGAUUACAAGCGGGAGGUGUUGGAGGCUCUGGGAGAGACCAUGGUCAACAAGAUCAAUGCAUGAGCGCGCAGAGGACACACUGCUGUGCUACACCCAUCAUACGCUACCUACACUCCACCUGGAUCGGUCGGCAUGUCUCACAAAGAAACGCUGAUAUUAAAAAAUAAAAUAUUGGAUUUGUUGGAGGAUUUGUUGUAUCUAUUCCCUCCUGGACUGUAACAUCUUUAAUGGGUUGCAGUUGGACAGAUACUGGAGUGUUAAUGGAACAUUAAUUGCUAAAAAAAAUAUAUAUAUAGGGAUAAAUGAUAAUUCUUGAAUAAUGAUCUGUGGUCAAGAUCUACUAAAGCUAAAUAAUAAAAUACAUCCAUUUUUCAUCAUG